AGAGAGAGAGAGAGAGAGAUUUACGAAUUGAUAGGUGGUCUCGUUUUGUUUGGCUGAACAGCUUAGAUGCGUGAGAGGGUUUCCUUCUCUUUAAGGAUUCAGUCUUCGCGAUGGCCACCGGGAGACCAUGCAUGAGUCGCUGCCUCGGCGACACGUAGUGCUGCUGGUGGCGUGGAGGGGGAAAAAUCCUAGCUCGAGAGACAGUUUUCUCUAAUAAGUCACUUUCAGAUGCUUAAAACUAUUUGACUUUCAGCGCGAGACUGAUUUUUAAAAAUCUAAAUACGUUUUGACUUCGUUGACUAUUAUUACUAGUAGUUGUAGCAGUAGCAGCUGUAGUAGUAGUGGUAGUAGUGGUAGCAUUACUUUUUUAUUUAGUUUUACCAGAGCGCAGGGAUGACGACCGAAACCGCGCAGCAGCAGUUGGACCCGCCGCCUUCUCUGCGCUCGAGCCCCGUACACGCCGCGAUGCAGAGCUCGCGCACGGCUCUGGAGAGCACCGGCGGUGCAAACGCCUCCAAAAGCAAAAAGUCCAACUCCGGCAUGAGGCGCCCCGAGAAACCACCCUACUCCUACAUCGCCCUCAUCGUGAUGGCCAUCCAGAGUUCGCCGACCAAACGGCUAACUCUAAGCGAGAUCUACCAGUUCUUGCAGGCCCGUUUCCCGUUUUUCCGUGGCUCGUAUCAAGGCUGGAAAAACUCUGUAAGGCACAACCUCUCUCUCAACGAGUGUUUCAUCAAGCUGCCCAAGGGCCUCGGGCGGCCCGGUAAGGGCCACUACUGGACCAUCGACCCUGGUAGCGAGUUUAUGUUCGAAGAGGGCUCGUUUCGGAGGCGCCCACGCGGUUUCCGCAGAAAGUGCCAAACCCUCAAACCCAUGUACCGUAUGAUGAACGGGCUGGGCUUCGGCGCUUCCAUGCUGCCACAGAACUUCGACUUCCAGCCGCCACCAGCGCCGCUCGCGUGCCAUGCUGGCAGCUACAAUCUGGACGCGAUGACGAGCGGCGCGUAUGAUGGACUCGGCGCCACCGCUCACCAUGUACCGAGUCCGAGUUCUGCGUACAUGUCCUCGGCCUGCCAGGUGACCUCGAGCGGCGGCGACUACGCGCACGACAGUAACGCCAACAGCACCGGAAGCGGCAGCAGCCCGCUUCACUCACCGCCGGCCAUGAGUGGACCUCUGGAGUGUCCUUCGCCGUACACCGCCGCCGCCACCGCGCACUGGCCUUCAUCUGCAGUGUCCCCCUACAUCAAGCAGUCUCCACUGGCUGCAGGCAGUCCGACAUCCUCCUCAUCCUCCGGUUUACACUCGGGUGUGGCACCAUACGCCCUCGAACAGAGCUACCUGCACCACGGAGCCAGAGACGCCGCAGAUAUCUCAGUGGGAAUCCCUCGCUAUCAGUCUCACUCUUCUCCAGUGUGCGACCGGAAAGACUUUGUGUUGAACUUUAACGGCAUCGCCUCGUUUCACCCGAGUGCUGGAGGAUCUUACUACCAUCAUCAUCACCACCACCAUCAUCAUCAACUACACCACCAAGGAAUCUGUCAAGACAUCAAGCCGUGUGUCAUGUAAUGUAAAAAAACAAAACAAAAAAAAAAACAGGACAGAAGACGGAAAAAAGAUGGAGCCUGAUAUGUAUGUACUGUGUAUCUAUAUGUAUAUGUAUAUGGGGCCUGAAACAGUCCCGGAAAUAGUGUUGAAGAUGAAACAAUUGUGAAUGGACUGAUGAAGUGUAAAUUAUGAAAAACAAUCGAGUGGAAAAAGGAAGCAAUAAUAGGCUCGGAUUUGGAUUUACAUAAACCUAUACAGUGUUACGGCUACAGUGUUAAGCCCCCCAUCCAUACAUUGUUAGACACUGGGGGGAAAUGCUGCUCACUAUCUCGUAAGAACUAAAGGAACUUCACUUUAUUUCUUUAUUUCAUGUUUUCUGAAUUUCACCACACGCGCCAUAUAGCACUACAGAGAGAGAGAGAGAGAGAGAGAGAGAGGGAGAGAGAUUUUUUCUGCUCUCGUAAUCAAAACAAUUUCAAGGUUUCUUGGAAAACCAGUUUGAUAUUUUUGAUAUAAUGUUGGAUUCUUAUUGAUUUUAUACACUUUUCAGCUGGAAAUGCGUAAGCCUGUAAAAACAUCAUCUGUGACUGCACUUAUUCUAGUCCAAGAGAGUGGUAACAAUCAUUGUGUUAAUGAUGGAACACAAAGCCGCAGGUGGGAUUUCCCUGCAUUUUAUGUACAGCUCAAUAAAACAGCAAUAUAUUCUAAAUAUUUUUUUGUUUUCAAUCGAGAUGAUCGUUUGGGUUUGAUUUCUUUACAUUCAUCAAGGAUACUAUUUCGUAAAGAAAGAAAAUAAAUAAAUACAUAAAUAAAACCAUGCCCAGCUCAUAGGCUUCAAAUGAAUCAGGUUUUCGUUAUUUACAUGACAAAAUGUUGGCAGAUGAUUCUUAUGAUUUGCUCAAAAGAACAGUUUGUUUUUGCAAUUUCUUUUAAAAAAGAAAAAAAAAGAAAAAAGGAUGCCUUCACAUAUCAUCCAGGAUGUCCGAGCUUAGUGUUCCUGUCAUGAGCAUAAAUAAACAGUCUAAUUGCUC